UUACCCACAUGGAAUGCCUUGUCACUAACUUUCCUACUUCUUGGACAGGUUCUUGUGCCCACAGGUCCUGGUGCCCAGAAGUACCAGAUGCCCAACAGCAGCUCCAUCAGCGAGUUCCUCCUCCUGGCGUUGGCAGACACGCGGCAGCUGCAGCUCCUGCACUUCUGGCUCUUGCUGGGCAUCUACCUGGCUGCCCUCCUGGGCAACGGCCUCAUCAGCACAGCCGUAGCCUGCGACCACCGCCUGCACACCCCCAUGUACUUCUUCCUCCUCAACCUCGCCCUCCUCGACCUGGGCUGCAUCUCCACCACUCUCCCCAAAGCCAUGGCCAAUGCCCUCUGGCACACCAGGCACAUCUCCUAUGCAGGAUGUGCUGCACAGAUCUUUUUCUUUCUCUUCUUCCUCGCAGCAGAAUAUUCAAUUCUCACCAUCAUGUCCUAUGACCGCUACGUUGCCAUCUGCAAGCCCCUGCACUACGGGACCCUGCUGGGCGGCAGAGCUUGUGCCACCAUGGCAGCAGCUGCCUGGGGCACGGGGAUCCUUAGUUCCGUGCUGCACACUGCUAACACAUUUUCACUGCCUCUGUGCCAAGGCAAUGCUGUGGAUCAGUUCUUCUGUGAAAUCCCCCAGAUCCUCAAGCUCUCCUGCUCAAAAUCAUAUCUCAGGGAAGUUGGGCUUACUGUGAUCAACGCCCUUUUGUUCUUUGGGUGUUUUGCUUUCAUUCUUUUCUCCUAUGUGCAGAUCUUCAGGGCUGUGCUGCGGAUACCCUCUGAGCAGGGACGGCACAAAGCCUUCUCCACGUGCCUCCCUCACCUGGCUGUGGUCUCCCUCUUUGUCAGCACUGCCACAUUUGCCUACCUGAAGCCCCCAUCACUUUCCUCCCCAUCCCUGGACCUGAUGGUGGCAGUGUUAUACACGGUGGUGCCUCCAGUCAUGAACCCCAUCAUCUACAGCAUGAGGAACCAGGAGAUCAAGCAAGCUCUCAGGACACUAUUUGGAGAUAAAUUGCUUUGGCACCAGUAA